AGCCCUCUCCUCCUCCCCUGUUUUCCCAUCCCUCGACAGCCAGAAAUAGCAACAAAUCGAAGAAGAAAAGAGAGUAAGAGAGCAGAUAUAGCUUACCUAAUUGUAGAAAGAAAAAGAAAUGGUCGCCGGUUUCCGCCGCUCUUUGUCCCUCCCGGGGCCAAAUCCUAGCAGCCCCGGCCGCAAAGGCCGGGCGCUGCCGGAGAAGGCCUACCACGUCCGGUCCACCAGUCUCCCGUGCCGCUCCCACCCUGCCGUCGCCUCGCUUGAGGACGAGAUCCGCGCACUCCGGUCCUGGCAGUCCCGCCCGGAGCCGGAGUCCGGAUCGGCGGACUGGAUCUGCGCCGGCCUCGCCCGGAUCGAGCUCCUCCACGCCUCCCUCGACGACCUCCUCCAGCUCCCCCAGGCCCAGGACACCCUUCGCCGCCGCUCCUCCGCCCCCUGGACCGACCGCCUCCUCGACGACUUCCUCCGCUUCGCCGACGCCUACGGCUCCUUCCGAUCCGUCCUCAUCUCCCUCAAAGAAACCCAGUCCGAGCUCCAGACCGCCAUCCGGCGGCGCGACGAGGCCCGGGUCGCGUCCUCCGUCCGGUACCAGAAAAGAAUCCAGAAAGAUCUCGCCAAGCUCGCCGUUUCCAUUCGAGAAGCAUCCAGAUCGCCGACCUCCGCGCUGGCGGCGGAUGCGGCGGAGGCGGAGAUGGCGGGGAUCAUGAGGGAGGCGACGGCGGCCACGGCGAUGGCUUCGGCGGCGGUUUUCUUGGCGAUCGGGGCUGUUUCCUCCGCCGCGUCGGCGGCGGCGGCAUCUACGUCGAGGGCGUCUUCUUGGGUGGUGGGGCCGCUGAGGAAGCUAUCGAUGCGGCGGUCGUCUCCGUUGAAGAAGAGGGAUUGGGAGGAGUGGGAGAGUGAGGCGUUGGAGAGGUUGGAGGCGUUGGAGGAGUGCGUCGAAUCGUUGGAGAGCAAGACCGAGAGGGUGUUUAGGAGUCUCGUGAACACCAGAGUCUCGCUUCUUAACAUCCUUACUCCCUCCUUGUAGAACGGGAAAAAAAAAAAAAACGAAAAGGAAAUCUAUGCUGUAUAAUGUUACGAAAAAAGGAAUAACGGGAAGCGGGAGAUGGUUGGUUUUGUACAGAAGUUUUCUUUCUUUCUUUCUUUUUUAAGCCCAAGCAUACUUGUAUGAACUGUUUGUCAUAGAAAUAUUUUCCUCUGCUUGGGGCCAUGCAUGUUUUAAUUUGUUUGAGGGGAUGAAAGUCUGUGUUUAUUUUGUAUGAUUAUCA